GCAAGAUGGUCUCGAUGGACCUCCGGGCGUUGAGGGCAACGUGGGUGAGCAAGGUGAUCCUGGCCCCACGGGCCCCCCCGGUCUGCCUGGACCUCCUGGCACCCCUGGCAAGGAAGGAAUGAACGGACCACGAGGGCCUCCAGGACCUGCAGGCCUGGAAGGCAAAGAUGGACGGGAUGGUCAGAUGGGAGAGGAAGGAGCGCCCGGUCCCGAAGGUCCCCCGGGCCAGCAGGGACGACCAGGUGCACCAGGACCAGCAGGAAUGAACGGAGCGAUGGGGCGCAGGGGACCUCCAGGACCCCCAGGACAGCAGGGAAGGCCAGGCAUGGAUGGACUCCCUGGCUUCAUGGGCCCGAUGGGUGACAAGGGUCCCAAGGGGGAGGAUGGAGAGCCUGGAGUGCCGGGUCAGGCAGGAAUGCCGGGACCUCCCAGCCCUCCGGUCUAUCCGAUCAUGCCACCCUCUCCUCCUCUUCCGGUGCCGGCGCCCCCAGGCGCUCCUGCUCCUGGGGUGCACCAGGAGGCAAGAGCUCCUCUUGCUUACACUCCUGGUGAGUUCGAGCCGCUUAUCGCUGCGGCCAUCGCCGAGGCCAUGAAGGAAGACUGCAGCUGUGCCAAGCAGUCCUCUACGACUCAGUUGAGGAUGCAGUGCCCGUGUGUGCAGCGGCAGAUGAUGGGGUUGAGGCGUCACGGCGCCGCCAUAAAAGAUUCGCUGCGGCAGAUCGUCAACUCAGCGAAGCACGCGAGGUCUCAGCGAUGAAGUCUCGUGUAUGUCAAUCAAACAGCUGUAAACAAGAGCAAACUGACUCCUUC